CUCACGAACUUUUUACGUCAUAAAGGCGAAUUUUUUCUUCCUCUUGUUUUUCUUAUUCCGCGCGUACCGCGCGCGCUCAGGGUUACAAUAUGUACUUCUAAAAUCAAUAAUACUAGUAUAUAUCCAGCCCGGAGGUGGUGGCAGCAGCAGUGCGUUUCUUCAGCAGGGUUUAGUCAACCCGAUGCACGGCAAGGAUACGGUUCGCCGCUCGACAAUGUGCCGCGGUUCGCGUGCAUUUGUUAUACAAUGCUCGUCCGCAAUUUACCGAAAAGUUACAUUACUCCGGUAGUAUGUCAGUAGCCGGUAAUUAUCGAACUUUUAUAAAAACCGGAAGCGGCAUCAAGAUUGUGCAUCGUUAGAUAGUCUUCCCUGCGAUCCGGCAUUUGCAUCUUGCGUCCAGAUAAAUGCACAAUAAAACUCAUUCUUACGGCAGAGAUCUCGAGGAACAAAGAGUUUUGACUGUUUAUUGCUCCGUAUGUAAAUAAAUUCGAAAACGAUUGAUAAAAGAAAUAAAUGCAUCAAUAGAGAUUGGGGUGAUCAUGUAUGACGACAGAAGCUUAUAUAACAACUGCGGCUUGCAUUGCUUCAUCAGAUCAAAUACUCAUAUAAUAAAGGAGACACGUUGUGCCGCCUGAAAAGGGUAGCUCCGUCCCAUUGUCUAAAUCUGCCGCGUUACGCCGGAAAAUCAAAAUUCCGGGAAACACAAAAUUAGAUUUUAAAAUGUUCAUUAAAAGUAGCUCUUCCUGCUCUUGCGGCUUGUGCAAGGAGGAAAUGCGGCACUCGUAGGGAUGCAUCACCACCAUUCCCCCAGUGACGACAGCGGUAACCGCAACGCGGCUAGCACGCUCGUGACAUAAAUGAGAUAUUUUGCGUAUCCCGUGUAUAUUUUUCCGACCGUUGAACUUGCUUUUGAGACAAUAAUAAAUCAACAAUUAUCAGUAUGCUUGUGCGAGUGAGUGACCUUGGCGUAAACUCUCGGCUGACAGUCUCGCACGGUGGAAAGAUGUUUUCCACUUGACAAACACGUAGCCGGCAGAGUCUUAGGAGAAAGAUUUUCAUCGUCCAAAUCUCUUUAUAAAAUUCUUUUGGCGGGGAUAAUGGCGACGGCGGAAGAGACGAUGAAGGAUUGGAAGAUCGCCAGGACCGGCAUCUCCCUGCUGCUGAAUAACAAGACCGAGGAAGCUGAAGCUCUAUUUACCGAGCAUCCCCAUAGCUUCCACGUCAAAGCCGGCCGUUGCUUUGUACUCUUCAUGAAUGCCCUGAUGACUUUUGAAGACGACAAGUUCCAGCAAGCCACGUUACUGCUUAAGGAUAUGGAACGAGAAUGUGCGGGCGAUAUAGGAUGGCUGAAGUCUGUAAAAAGUAAAGUGUUUCGAGCAGAAGAGACCGACAAGGAUUACGUGAAUAAGCUAGAGCGUCAAAUCGUUUUAGCGGAUACGCAGGUGUUUUCGGCCGUUUCGUUGUUUCUUCAACAAGAGCUAACCGGAUAUGUUCGCGGUUGUUGGAUGCUUCGCAAAGCUUGGCGUGUUUAUCAGCAUGCGUAUAGCCAGAUCUCGCAACUGUAUCGUCGCACCUUUGGUACAAAUCCGUGCGGUUUUAGCCCCUGCUGCAUCAAUCCGACGAGUAACGGAUCUUCUGUGCAAAGCCCGCAGAGUCCAGAAUCUUCGGAAUGGUCAAUUCCAUCCUGCAACGGUUAUACGAACAACGUGACACCCGUAUCGUCGCCAUCAGGUCUGCGAAGCUCUCUAUCAAUGUUCUUCUCGCUCACUGGCAUCACGUCCGAACAACAGACACCCUUCGUGGAACCUACGGAGGUGACACGUUUAAUGUCGGCCGCAAGUUUCGGUUAUGGUAUAUACCAGCUGUGUGUGAGCCUCUUGCCGCCGUCUGUACUGAAAGUAAUUCACUUUUUCGGCUUCGAGGGUAACAGGCAAUCUGGUCUUACUGCUCUUAUGUACGCACGACUUGGCGAAGAUAUGCGCGCACCGCUUGCUACAUUAGCUCUACUUUGGUAUCACACGAUUGUACGUCCGUUUUUCGCACUCGAUGGAUGCAAUGUAAAAGCGGGCGUCGUGGCAGCGAAGCAACUGAUAGCUGAAUGUCAUGCCGAAUUUCAGAACUCUGCCCUUUUUCUCUUUUUUAUCGGCAGAAUGGAACGUUUGGAGACAAAUGUUGACGGGGCGCUAGAAGCGUUCGGCAAAGCUGUGGAGGUUGCGACUCAAAGGGAAGUCAAAUUGUUGUGUUUACACGAGGUUGCCUGGUGUCACGUAAUACGCUUGAGUUACGAUGAAGCGUAUCGAUCUUUAUGGCAGUUGCAGCAACAGUCGAGGUGGUCCAAGGGCUUCUACGCGUAUUUAGCUAUGGUUUGUUGCGGAGCUAACGGCAAAUUUGAUCUUCUCCUGUCGCUGUACAGCAAAAUCCUUCCUUGGUUUCACGAGACGAAAAGCGAGUCGCAACUCGACGUUUUUAUUAUGCGCAGGCUGCCAAAAAUUGUCGAUAAGGAGACCGGACAUCCUUAUACUGCUCUGUAUUAUAAAUUACUCGUAUACGAAUCAUUGUAUUUGUGGAACGCCCUUCCGUCCUGUUCCACCGAAUCGCUGCGGGGAAUAUCACAUGGUAAUAAUAGCUUGAUUUCCAAUGACGACGAGUACGACCCGAUGAGCGCGCGAAAUACUUUCUGUUGUGUUAACGCAGGGAAUUGUCCGGGUAUCGCGGCCAGUUGUAAUCAACGAUCCGCUUGGUACAUCAAACUCAUCAAACCUUUUGUUUUCUGCGUCAUUACGUCAAUGCUCGCGAUGUCCGUGUCCCACCUUUGCGAUAAAUAUUCCGCAAGUGCAUCAUUCAAAAUGAUCAAAGCGGAUUUGGGAAACCUGAGAUCUCAUUUGGAUACUCUCUCGUUAGAGGUGAAGAACGUAAUAGAGAUGCGCGAUGAGCUGAAAAGUAAAUUGAAGGAAGUGGGCACUGUGAUUCCAAAAAUGUCAGAAGCUAUUCUCAACCUGAGGAACGAAGUGUCUGAGGAGAUGAAUCUGCAUACGAAGAACCUGCUGAAGGCUCUGUCACUGGACACCGUCAGAAAUAUGGUGAGAAAUGAACUACAGACGUACGAUGCCGACAAAACUGGAAGAACGGAUUACGCUCUUGAAAGUUCAGGUGGCGCAAUUCUAUCGACACGAGACACCGAACCUUACUCGACCGGUGCACCUGUGCUCAAUCUGUUCGGCAUACCGCUUUGUCAACAGCAGAAUACACCCCGCGCCGUGAUACAGACCAGCGUUUUGCCGGGCGAAUGCUGGGCCUUCAAAGGCAGCAGCGGCAGCGUGGUGAUUCGAUUACUCGGCCGUGUGCAUGUAUCUGGAGUUAGUCUCGAACACAUCUCUUCAUUGAUAUCCCCAACUGGAGAGACUGCCACGGCACCAAAAGAUUUUUCCAUUUGGGGUUUAACGGAUCUGGAUGAUAAGAAACCUUUCUCAUUUGGCAGUUUCAUAUACGACAACACUGGUCCGCCGUUGCAGUACUUUGAAGUCCAGAAUCGAGCGAACCAAGCAUACGAGAUAAUUGAAUUGAAAGUCCACUCUAAUAGUGGUAAUCCAGAGUAUACAUGUAUCUAUAGAAUACGGGUGCACGGUACACUUGGUAAAAUAUGAAUACAUAUGAGAUCCUCGUUGAUUGACUGGACGUACCGAAACAGGUUGCCGUUUGAUAUAACAAAGAAUAUUGUUUGCUGCAAUAUUGAUUAGGCGCUGAAUGUAAAUCAGGACAGUAGGUAGUCGCUCAAUAAAAACAACAGGCCAGUUUAACGUAA